CCUUUCCCGGAGGGUCCACAAGGGUCGGGCCGGGCGCGCUCCCGUGCAGCCGGCUCCGGCCCCGACCGCCCCAUGCACUCCCGGCCCCGACGCAGGCGCAGGCGCGGGCACACGCGCCGCCGCCCGCCGGUCCUUCCCUUCAGCGGAGGAAGUGGCGGUGCGAGGGCUGCUGCACAGCGAGCAGAGCCGCGGUCCGGACGGCAGCGCGUGCCCCGAGCUCUCCGCCUCCUCCCGCCCGCCAGCCGAGGCAGCUCGAGCCCAGUCCGCGGCCCCAGCAGCAGCGCCGAGAGCAGCCCCCGUAGCAGCGCCAUGGCCGGGUGGAACGCCUACAUCGACAACCUCAUGGCGGACGGGACCUGUCAGGACGCGGCCAUCGUGGGCUACAAGGACUCGCCCUCCGUCUGGGCCGCCGUCCCCGGGAAAACCUUCGUCAACAUCACGCCAGCUGAGGUGGGUGUCCUGGUUGGCAAAGACCGGUCAAGUUUUUACGUGAAUGGGCUGACACUUGGGGGCCAGAAAUGUUCGGUGAUCCGGGACUCACUGCUGCAGGAUGGGGAAUUUAGCAUGGAUCUUCGUACCAAGAGCACCGGUGGGGCCCCCACCUUCAAUGUCACUGUCACCAAGACUGACAAGACGCUAGUCCUGCUGAUGGGCAAAGAAGGUGUCCACGGUGGUUUGAUCAACAAGAAAUGUUAUGAAAUGGCCUCCCACCUUCGGCGUUCCCAGUACUGACCUCGUCUGUCCCUUCCCCUUCACCGCUCCCCACAGCUUUGCACCCCUUUCCUCCCCAUACACACAUACACCAUUUUAUUUUUUGGGCCAUUACCCUGUAUCCCUUAUUGCUGCCAAAACCACAUGGGCUGGGGGCCAGGGCUGGAUGGACAGACACCUCCCCCUACCCAUACCCCUCCUGUGUGUGGUUGGAAAACUUUUGUUUUUUGGGGUUUUUUUUUUUUUUCUGAAUAAAAAAGAUUCUACUAACAA